CUAACUUUCAAACAGGAAGUUGUACAUACUGCAAAAGACUGCAAUAAUUCCAUGUCUAAAACGAAGACUUUCGGGUAUUUUAUCUGAAAGACAAGGAUGAUUGUGAGCUACGCACUAUGGACAAGGUGAUCCGCAAUACAAAACUAGAGGACGAGCGGAGUCUGAUUAGGGCGCCAUCCGACCUCAUCAUCAACAAACGGACUAACGCAGCGCCUUCGGAUGCGAACUCAGGGGAAUCAAACACGGCUAUCCAGGAGGGCUCUCCUAAAUUUGCUUACAUUCUUGCCUUCUUCUCUGCGUUAGGCGGCUUUCUCUUCGGCUAUGACACCGGAGUGGUAUCUGGAGCUAUGCUUUUGCUCAAAAGAGAGAUGAAUUUGAAUGCUCUCUGGCAGGAGCUACUGGUGUCCAGUACUGUUGGCGCCGCUGCGCUUUCCGCUUUAGCAGGCGGCUACUUGAACGGUCUGUUCGGCCGGAAGAUAUGCAUCUUGCUGGCCAGUUCCAUUUUUUCGUUUGGGGGAAUCAUUUUAAGUAUUGCUCCAAAUAAAGAGGUCCUUCUUUUUGGAAGACUUGUCGUUGGGCUUGGGAUAGGUAUUGCGUCCAUGACAGUGCCAGUGUACAUUGCAGAGGUUUCUCCCCCACACCUCAGGGGUCAGCUGGUCACCAUAAACACCCUCUUUAUCACUGGUGGUCAGUUCAUAGCCAGUGUGGUUGACGGGGCCUUCAGUUAUUUGAGCAAUGGUGGCUGGAGGUAUAUGCUGGGUCUGUCAGCGAUCCCUGCUGUGCUGCAGUUCCUGGGUUUCCUCUUCCUGCCCGAGAGUCCUCGCUGGCUCCUGCAGAAGGGCCGAUCUCAGCAGGCGCAUCAGGUGCUCAUGCACAUCCGGGGCACAGAGAAUGUGGAGGAAGAGUACGACAGCAUCAAGACCACCAUCGAGGAAGAGGAAAAGGAGAGUGGAGGGGGUCCCGUACUGUGGCGUAUCCUGGCCUCCGGCCCUGCCCGCAGAGCUCUCAUCGUUGGCUGUGGCCUCCAGAUGUUCCAGCAGCUCUCCGGGAUUAACACCGUAAUGUACUACAGUGCCACCAUUUUGCAGAUGGCAGGAGUGCGGGAUGACAGGAUGGCCAUCUGGCUAGCUGCUGUCACAGCGUUUACCAACUUCCUGUUCACACUGGUGGGAGUGUGGCUAGUAGAGCGAGUGGGCAGGAGAAAGCUGACUCUUGGCAGUAUAAUUGGCACCAGUGCCAGCUUGUUUGUUUUGGCGGUGGGGUUCCUGCUUUCUGCCCAUGCCUCUCCUCCAGUGACCUUUCACCCCAGUGAUCCCACGUUCUUCAAUUCAACCUGCACACAUUAUGGAUUUUGUGAAUACUGCAUGCUGGAUCCAAACUGUGGCUUCUGUUACAAUGAAAACGGCUCUACCAUACUGAACUCCUCUUGUGAACAUGUUAAUCCAGCCAACACUGAGGAGGCAGCCAGUGGCAGGUGCUCUAACACUACCCAAGAAAGCACAGAUGCUUUCUGGGCCUAUAACUACUGCCCAACCACCUACUCUUGGAUAGUUUUGCUAGGUCUUAUCCUUUACCUGGCCUUCUUCGCUCCAGGGAUGGGGCCUAUGCCAUGGACCGUGAACUCAGAGAUCUAUCCACUAUGGGCCCGGAGCACAGGCAACGCAUGUUCUGCAGGAGUCAACUGGAUCUGCAAUGUUCUUGUAUCUCUGACAUUCCUCCACGUGGCUCAGUACCUGACAUACUAUGGAGCAUUUUUCCUGUACUCAGGCUUGGCUUUGCUGAGCUUCCUCUUUGUGCUUGGUUGUCUGCCAGAGACCAAGGGCCUCGUGCUGGAGGACAUAGAGACUCUGUUUAGCACAAGACUCUGCACCUGUGACACUACUGAUGGCCAAAAAGUGCAUUACGUUCGGGUAAAGGGGGGCAAUCAUUUCUCAGAUGAAGAAUUCUCAAAUAGGGAGUAGGGUUUAGAAACACCUUUUCCCCCUCUCUUCUUUUUCUCGCAAUGAAUGAAUGCAUGCAUUGGUGAUGGAAUCUUCAUUUUCACAAGAUCCUUGGUGAUGGAGUUUCCAUAGCUUUCCAGAGAAGCAAUGGUAUAUUUGACUAAUAGUUUUUUAGCAACACACACACACACACACACACACACACACACACAC